AUGGAAAUAUCAAAAAUUGGAAGCUCUGUUAUUGAUAAAUCAUUUGGUAGAGGAAAAUAGACAAAAGAUGCUGUAGUAAUAGUAUCGAAUUUAGAGAUUCAUAAACCUGUUGUUACCUCUUGUGAUAUGAGUAAAGCAUAAAAAGAAUUUGCCUUUGAUAUUGUUGAACAUGCUUUUAGUUAAUUUAAAGAAUUUUCAGCUAAAAGAGAGAAAAGAUAUUUUAGAGAUAUAGCUGAGUAUAUAAAAAUGAAUUGA